AUGGCUGCGAAGAACGUCCUUCGCAGAGCGGUGCUCUAUGUCCCGGGCUCCUCACAGCGCUUCCUUGAUAAAUCCCGCACCCUCACCGCCGACUGCAUCGCCUACGACCUCGAAGACAGCGUUACCCCGGCUAAGAAGGCCGAAGCCCGCAAGCUCGUCCGCAAAGCCCUUGACCAAGAACUUCCUCCAAACAUAAAAGAACGGGCGGUGCGGAUAAACAGCGUAGGCAGCGGUCUCGCGCUUGGCGACCUGGAGGAGGUGGUCAAGUCGGCUAAUUUGACGACGCUGGUCGUGCCAAAGGUGGAGAGCGCGAGCGAUCUGACCUUCAUCAGCGAUGUCCUCGCGCAUUCGCGCUCCAGGGAGAAUCUCCAGGAGCGCGGGCAGAUAGGGGUGUUGGCGCUGAUCGAGUCGGCCAAGUCUCUGCUCAACCUACCCGAGAUCUGCCGCGCAGCGCCGCACCUGCUGCAGGGCCUGGUGUUCGCGGCCGAGGACUUCGCGCUCGACAUGAGCAUCACGCGCACGCCGUCGCUGACAGAGUUCCUCUACGCCCGACAACUGAUCGCCACCGCCGCGCGCGCGCACAAUCUCCCCUCCACGAUCGACCUGGUCGCCACGGCGUUCCGGGGCGAGGGCGACGAAGAGGCCCUCGUCCGUGAGUGCGAGGAGGGCAAACGCAUGGGCUACAACGGCAAGCAGUGCAUCCAUCCGUCCCAGGUGGCCACCGUGCAGCGGAUUUUCUCCCCGAGCGACGCCGAGGUCGAGUGGGCCAUGAGGAUUGUGAUUGCACAGAAACGCGCCGAGGAGAUGGGCAAGGGCGCCUGGAGUCUGGAUGGGAAAAUGAUUGACAAGCCCGUCGAGGGCAAGGCCGAGCGGAUCGUCGAGAAGGCAGCCUUGUGCGGGAUGGAUGUGGAAGGGCUGAAAGAGAAGUGGAAGGAUCAGAUGCCGGAGUGA